UUUUAUCUGUGUGAAAUUUGACUGAUCGUAGAAUUCUGAGCUCUUCACCCUAACCUAUGAAUCUCUCUCUCUCUCUCUCUCUCUCUCUCUCUCUAAGUUAAAUGUUAAAUAGUUGCUUUUUAGAAUUAAUUUUGUGUCUGCUGCUGUUUUAACUGUUGUCUUUGGUAAUUAUAUGAACACGAGUAUGAUGGUGUUCAUUCAGCUCUACGUAAUUCUCCUGCUGGGGUUAUAUAAUAAUGGACUGCUAAUAGUUGAUGAGUUCUUAGCCAAGUCCAACGUGCCCAGACGUGUUGACUUCAAGGAAACUACUGGAGUGAUUGCAAAGGUUGUUUUCAAAAGUUUUCUAUCGGUCACUGCAUCUGUGACCAAUUGGGAUGCUGAUGGAACGAGUUCCAGUCUUAUUUUGGAGGAUAGCCCACUAGUAGACUUUGUCGAGCUUCCAUUCCAGAUACAUUUCAGGUCUAUAUUAUUGCAACAUAAUAAGCGGAGUUAUCGGAGGAGCUGUGGAGAUGGUAAGCAACUUUCUCGGACCAAACUAUUUUUGGGAACCCUUAUUUCUUGUUCUUUUCUUUGCUAGGUACUCGAAAAUUCCUGGGUUUUUUUUUAAUUGGAUUCUACAAUUAACCUGAUGUCAGUACUCUAUGCCUCACACUCUGUAAAAUUGGAUUUUGCAUUGUGCAAUAUAUGUGAAGGAAUUCUUCCAUUGCAAUGGUGUUGGUGCCUUGUGCAAUACUAGUGUUGUAGCUUACUCAAAACCAAUACCUAUGUCACCAUUGGAGAGCUAGCUUAGCCCUCUACAGUACAUGAUUGGUCAAAUUGAAUUAGAAAAAAACUUCUGCUUUCCAGACUCCAAUUUAUUAGUACUACAAGAUGGAACGUCAAUCGAAGGUGAAUGGGUGUGGCUAACCAGUU